AUGCGGCCAUGGACUGGUUCCUGGCGUUGGAUUAUGCUCAUCCUCUUUGCUUGGGGAACUUUACUCUUUUAUAUUGGUGGACACCUGGUACGAGACAAUGAGCAUCCAGAUCACUCUAGUCGCGAAUUAUCCAAGAUACUUGCUAAACUUGAACGUUUAAAGCAACAAAAUGAAGACUUAAGGCGGAUGGCAGAAUCUCUCAGGAUACCAGAUGGUCCCAUUGAUCAGGGACCAGCUGCAGGAAAGGUACAUGCUUUAGAGGAGCAACUUUUAAAGGCCAAAGAACAGAUAGAAAACUAUAAGAAGCGGACAGGAGAUGGAGGCCUUGGAAGAGACCAUGAAAUAUUGAGGAGGAGGAUUGAAAAUGGGGCUAAGGAACUUUGGUUUUUUCUCCAGAGUGAAUUGAAGAAGUUGAAAAAUCUAGAAGGAAAUGAACUGCAAGGACGCAUUGAUGAAUUUCUGUCUGAUUUGGGUCAUCAGGAAAGGUCAAUAAUGACCGACUUGUACUACCUCAGUCAAACAGAUGGAGCAGGAGACUGGCGAGAAAAAGAGGCCAAAGAUCUAACAGACUUGGUACAGAGGAGAAUAACUUAUCUACAGAACCCGAAGGAUUGCAGCAAAGCUAAGAAACUUGUGUGUAAUAUCAACAAAGGCUGUGGCUAUGGUUGUCAACUUCAUCAUGUAGUCUACUGCUUCAUGAUCGCUUAUGGCACUCAGCGAACACUCAUUUUAGAGUCUCAGAACUGGCGCUAUGCUACCGGUGGCUGGGAGACUGUAUUUAGGCCUGUAAGUGAGACAUGUACUGACAGAUCAGGUACCACCACUGGACACUGGUCAGGUGAGGCUAAUGAUAAGGAUGUUCAGGUGGUGGAACUUCCCAUUGUUGACAGCUUACACCCACGGCCACCUUAUUUACCGUUGGCUAUCCCCGAAGACCUGGCUGAUAGACUGAUUCGUGUACAUGGGGAUCCUGCAGUGUGGUGGGUCUCGCAGUUUGUGAAAUACUUGAUUCGUCCACAGCCUUGGUUGGAAAAAGAAAUAGAGGAAGCCACAAGGAAACUUGGUUUCAAACAUCCAGUGAUUGGUGUUCAUGUUCGAAGGACAGACAAAGUAGGAACAGAGGCAGCAUUUCAUCCGUUUGAAGAAUAUAUGGUACAUGUUGAAGAGCGGGUUGAACUUCUUGCUCGCAGAAUGCAUGUUGAUAAAAAAAGAGUGUAUUUGGCUACAGAUGACCCUUCAUUGUUGCAAGAGGCAAAAUCCAAGUAUCCAAAUUAUGAAUUUAUCAGUGAUAACUCCAUAUCCUGGUCAGCGGGACUUCAUAAUCGAUACACUGAAAACUCCCUAAGAGGUGUUAUUCUGGAUAUUCACUUUUUGUCUCAGGCAGACUUCCUGGUCUGUACAUUUUCAUCCCAGGUUUGUCGAGUUGCCUAUGAAAUUAUGCAGACGUUGCAUCCAGAUGCUUCAGCAUAUUUCCAUUCUUUGGAUGAUAUCUACUACUUUGGGGGACAGAAUGCCCACAACCAGAUUGCUAUUUAUGCUCAUCAUCCACGAACUGCUGAUGAAAUUCCUAUGGAACCUGGAGAUAUAAUUGGAGUAGCUGGAAAUCACUGGGAUGGUUAUUCAAAAGGCAUCAAUAGGAAAUUAGGAAGAACAGGCCUGUACCCGUCCUAUAAAGUUAAGGAGAAAAUUGAGACAGUCAAAUAUCCUACGUACCCAGAGGCUGACAAGUAGAUUAAAAGGAAGACAUUCGGCAGCAAUUCUCAAUUUUGAUUGGUUUGAACCAGUCAACACAUUAACUAAUGGUUUAUAUGGGACUUGAAUUUGCAUUUUAACAUGCAGUUAAAAUCAAAGCCUUUAGCAAUGAACCUGGAUAAGAAGCUAAGAACAAAUGGAUGGGCUAUUCUCUGAACUUACUCUUAAACAUUUUUUGUUAUAUGCACUCUCACACAUGCACACACAAAACCACAUACAACAGGAAAACUGUUGUUUUAUACUUUUUGUCUCUUUUCAGGAUUUGUCCCAGUCAUUAGUCUUAUGUGAGCUUUGGGCUCUUUUCUCUGCCAUUAAUUGACAAUAAUGUUCAGACUUAUGACACUGCCACAUUGUGUAAUUUGAGUGACAUAAACAUAUUUUGUAUGUGCAAAAUUUAAAACAUGGUGCCUAUAUUUGAAAAAUCUGUGACCUUUUUAGAAGAGCCAUGCCUAUUUCAUAAUGGGCAAGAGUCAAUCUUCAACUGGUGUUACCGUGACCACUGAACUUGCUUCAAACAACAGAUUCAGAUUUCAGACUAGAUUUCUUUACAAGUUUAUUUUUAGCAUUCCAUUGAUUACUUCUCAUCAUUAAUAAAAUAAAGGAUACAUCCAACAA